ACGCUCUGCAGGCGGCAGGACUCGGCAGCCGGUCCGCUGGCGGGGGAAGCGCUCUCUGCCAAAGCAGGCGGAGUCGGAAACGCGAAAGCCAGAGAGUCGCCCUCCCCCAGACCGAAGGAAGGCAUUGGUGUGCGAGUGUGUGGUAGUGGAGUCAAGCGAAAAUAACGUGAUCAACAGGCCCCCCCCGGGAGCCAGCAGCGUGUCUCGGACCGAGAUUUCACCGCGACUGGCCGGUAAACACCGAGAGGUCGGGUCUCUGCGUGGAGCCGAGCUACCGUCCACCGUCUCCGCGUGAAGAGCCCGGGCCGAGGCCGACGGUCCGCCGAACCUCCGCGGAUACCGAUAAAGGAGAUCCGCCAGAGAGCCGUCGUAGCCGGGGGGAAUCUCUGACCGAUGGACGGGCUCACCGGGAGUCUGGACGACAGCAUGUCGGGCCACAGCGCGUCGGACGUGACGGAGCGUCUGGCGGCGCUGGAGCUGCGCGUGCAGCAGCAGGAGGACGAGCUGAUGGUGCUGAAGGCGGCGCUGGCCGACGUGCUGCGACGCCUGGCCGCCACUGAGGAGGCCAAGACCCCCGCCUCCGCCAAGAAACCGGGGAAAGGCGGGACCCCCCUGCGCGAGGCCUACUCCCUGUCCUCCAUCUCCAACGGAGGGCCGGCAGGACGCCCCGCCCACCGGCCCCGGGACUCCUCCUCCGUAUCCGUCACACGCAAGGACACACUGUCCUCCGCCGCCAAGAGCGGAGUCGAGGAGAGGAGGAAGGAGGCGGGCCGGCCCCAGAUGGAGGGCAUCCAGGAGAACCAGGAGGCCUCUCCCGCCGCUGCCUCCUCCUCCUCCGCCGCCUCCCCCGCCCCCUCCCCCUCCCCAAGCCACCCCUCCUCCCCCCACCCCCCCCAGAUCCAGCGGGCCGCCGGCCAAUCAGCGGACUCCAUCAAAGGCCCCUCCCCCCUCAAAAGGGGUUCCAGUGCUAAGCGCUCCUCUGGGAUGGAGCGCUCUCAGAGCAGCACCUGGGACGGGGGGGAGGAGGGGCGGAGCAAGCUGGUGAAGGCGGCCUCCACCUCCAGGCUGCUGGCCAAGGUGGUGAAGAACAGCGACAGACACAAAGAUCCUGUGGUGAACCAAGCUAAAAUGUCCACGCGUGAGAAGAACAGCCAAGCAGAGGGGAACCACAUCAAAAUGUUCAUGCGCGGCCGGCCAAUCACCAUGUUCUUCCCGGCGGAGGUGGAGAACUACGACGACGUGAAGGCGGAGCUUCCCCCAGAGAGGCUGAGGCUGGAGUGGGUGUACGGCUACCGGGGGCGGGACUGCCGGGCCAACGUGUGCCUGCUGCCCACCGGGGAGGUGGUGUACUUCAUUGCUUCCGUGGUGGUGCUGUUCAACCAUGAGGAGCGCACCCAGCGCCACUACCUGGGCCACACCGACUGUGUCAAGUGUCUUGCCGUCCAUCCAGAUAAGAUCCGUAUCGCUACAGGACAGAUCGCCGGCGUGGACAAGGAUGGCCGCGCCGUGCAGCCCCACGUCCGUGUGUGGGACAGCGUCAGUCUGUCCACGCUACAGAUCCUGGGUCUGGGGACCUUCGAGAGGGGGGUGGGCUCGCUAGCCUUCUCCAAGGCGGACUCCGGCCACCACCUCAGUGUUAUUGAUGACUGUAACGACCACAUGCUGACCGUCUGGGACUGGCAGAAGAAGAGCAAGGUCGCAGAGAUCAAAACGACCAAUGAGGUGGUGCUGUGGGUGGAGUUCCACCCCACCGACCCCCACACGCUGGUCACCUGCGGGAAGUCCCACAUCUUCUUCUGGCUGUGGGGGGGCAGCUCGCUCGCCCGCAAGCAGGGCAUCUUCGGGAAGUACGACAAGCCUAAGUUCGUGCAGUGCCUGGCGUUCCUGAGCUCGGGGGACAUCCUGACCGGAGACUCUGGGGGGAUCCUGCUGGUCUGGACCCGCAGCGCUACCGAGCCCCCCUCAGGGAAGGGGCCCAAAGCCUACCAGAUUGUGCGUCAGGUCAAGGCCCACGAGGGCAGUGUGUUCACGUUGUGUCAGAUGAGGAACGGCACCCUGCUGACCGGCGGUGGGAAGGACCGCAAGAUCAUCCUCUGGGACCACGACCUGCACCCCGAGAGGGAGAUAGAGGUCCCGGAGCAGUACGGGACCAUCCGGGCCGUGGCCGAGGGGCGCGGGGAGGAGUUCCUGGUCGGCACCUCCAGGAACUUCCUGCUGAGAGGAACCUUCAACGACGGCUUCCAGGUGGAGGUCCAGGGCCACACAGACGAGCUGUGGGGGCUGGCCUCCCACCCCUUCAAGGACCUGUUCCUCACCUGUGCUCAGGACCGCCAGGUGUGCAUGUGGAACUCGGCGGACCACUCCCUGGAGUGGACCCGCCUGGUGGAGGAGCACGGCCACUGUGCAGACUUCCAUCCCAGUGGCGCAGUCGUUGCCAUAGGAACCCAUUCUGGAAAGUGGUACGUUCUGGACGCUGAGACCACCGACCUGGUGGCGAUCCACACCGACGGCAACGAGCAGCUGUCCGUCAUGCGCUACUCUGUAGACGGAGCGCUGCUGGCCGUCGGUUCCCAUGACAACUUCAUUUACCUCUACAACGUGACGGACAAGGGCCGCAAGUACACCCGCUACGGGAAGUGCACUGGACAUUCCAGCUACAUCACCCACCUUGACUGGUCUCCUGACAACAACUUCAUCAUGUCCAACUCCGGGGACUACGAGAUCCUCUACUGGGACGUUCCUAACGGCUGUAAACUGAUCAGGAACCGCUCCGAGUGCAAAGACAUCGACUGGGCGACCUACACCUGCGUGCUCGGGUUCCACGUGUUCGGGGUGUGGCCGGAGGGAUCUGAUGGGACGGACAUCAACGCUCUGAUUCGCUCUCACAGCAGGAGGGUGAUCGCCCUCGCUGACGACUUCUGUAAAGUUCACCUGUUCGCCUACCCCUGUUCCAGGGCAAAGGCGCCCAGCCAUAAGUACAGCGCCCACAGCAGUCAUGUGACCAACGUGAGCUUCCUGCACGACGACCGCCACCUGGUGUCCACCGGCGGGAAGGACACCAGCGUCAUGCAGUGGAGGCUGGUGGAGAAGAGCCCCUCCCUGGGGGAGGGGCCCCGCAGGGCCGACCCCGCCCCCCGCCCUCUCAGCCCCGCCCUCGUCCAGGAGCCCGAGGAAGAGGAGGAGGAGGAGCCCGCCGAAGAGGUCGUGGCCAAUGGGAUGAAGGAGAGCUUACCCGAAACCCCGCCCCACUCCGAGUCGACUCCGCCCCCCUCCGACAGCACAGCCAGUCCCAAGGACAGCCUGGACCCCAGUGAGGACACGCCCACUCCCAGUGAGGACACGCCCACUCCCAGCGAUGAAGCCCUGCCCCCUUUCACACCACCCUCCUAGAGAGAGAGAGAGAGAGAGAGCGAUAGAGAGAGAGAGACAUAGAGGGUAGGGGGGAGAGAAAUGGAGAAGGAAGAGUGAGAGAGAGAGAGAGAGAGAGAGAGAGAGAGAGAGAGAGAGAGAGAGAGAGAGAGACAGGGAAUGAGAGAGAGAGAGAGAGGCCUGUUGGUCUCAGCGUUUAUUAUGCGUAUUACGCCCCCCCCCGCCCUCGCCACCAGGCCUCUGCCAGAAUAGCCUCUGCUUAUUUUGUAAGCUGUCAGCAUCUGGAGGUGUGUGUGUGUGUGUGUGUGUGUGUGUGUGUGUGUGUGUGUGUGUGUGUGUGUGUGUGUGUGUGUGUGUGUGUGUGUGUGUGUGUGUGUGUGUCUGAAAACCCUUCCUUGUAUCUCUGGUAAAUGCAUGUCUGUCUUUAAAUGAUCAGACACACUGACAGACGCACACAUACAUACAUGCACACAUACACAUGUACACACGAACGUAUACUCACACAUACGCAUUCAACAAAUACAAAUACACGAGUAACAGAGAUACACCCUGGUUGCUUUGGGGGUGUCGGCAGGCAAUGGUUUGGGCGGGGUUAGGAGAUGUUAAGGUGCGGGGUUAGGAGAUGUUUAA